AUGUCGGACCUCUCUCGACUUUUCCAAUAAUAUCAGUUCAGAGAGGGAACGAGAAAUUAGAAAAUACUCAUCAUGAUGUUUGAUUACUAGCAAAUUUAAUUCAAAUAUUUAAAUAUUCGAUCAGAUGGAGAUUUCAAAGGCGCUGAAGAACACAUCUAAAGGAAGCUUAACAUAUGACAGAAGACCUCCUUCAAAGGAGUUCUUUGAGCAUUGUUCUCCUCCUCCAACUAUAUCCAAAAGGUUUGAUAACUCGCCCAAUAACAGACUUACAGACCAUGCCUUGCACAAACAUCGUAAAGGUAGCAUUCCAGACAGUAGUGCCAGUGAAUCAUCAUAUGACAAUGUUGUCCAAUUAACAAUCAAAACAGAUUGUUCAUCACCAAGGACAGUGGAGAUUGUCUCCCCUACAUCACCAAUUGAGAUUGUCUCCCCUACACUUAAAAAGACCAUUAUUCCAGUUUCACCAGAGUACACAAAGAGUAUACUAGCAGUUAAAGAGUAUGAACAUUCUCUUGACAAGGCGAUCAAGGUUAAGGUAUACAACAAACAACAAAGGUUCACAGAACAUACCAAGAAACUUCAGAAUGAGGCUGAGAAUAAAUUGUCAGUAUUACAGAGAAACCAACAGAAUAAAGCUGAGGAACAACAACAGGAAACAGAAUUACAAUUCAUGCAACAAACAAUUGAACUGCAGGAAAAACAGAGGAAGUUAAAAGAAGAUCAUCGAGAGCAUGCCCAGAUGUUACAGAAGAAACAUGAGAAAUUAAAGGAAGAAAUAAAGAGAAAAGAAAAAGAAAGACAGGAAAGGAUCCAGAUAGCCCAGACUAUAAGAAAUGAUAUAGCCACUUUAUUGGAGAGACUCAAAACUAUGUAUGAACAGUUUACACCCAAAGAUAGACUACCUGAAUCUUUGAAAAAGGCACUUAAUUUAGUCAACAAUAAACUGGCUGAAGUCUCACAGAUGGCUUCAAGAGAUGUUGAUACAAAUGAAGUUGUUAAGAUGACAGAAAUUCUCAAGCUUUGCCUAAAUGCAUAUGAAUAUAUGAGAAAAGAAUAUGAUGAGUUAACAAAGAAAAUAAAAGAAGAACAAGCUAAAGAGGAAGCAGAAAAAAAAGCCAGAGCAGAAAUAGAGGCCAAGGCCAGGGCUGAAGCUGCCGCAGCAGCUGCUAAAGUAACAGUGGUCCCUCCAACACCAGGAGUACCGUCCACUCCUCUUGCCACCUCCACACCAGCACCAUCAUCAACAUCAAGACCGACUGCAGAGGCUGUGUUAAGAUGUGUAGAUGAGAAUGCAUUCACACAGUAUACUAAUCUCCAGGUGCUGAUAAAGAAAGCUGAAGAAGAAUCUAAAACAUUGUUCAAUAAUCCACAGAUGAAAAAGAUGAAAUUUGACAUCCAGAAAUCCAUUAACACUCCUAUCAACAAUAUAUCUCCAGUGAGUGGUGACCAUCUGAAUGACCAACUAACCAGACUAUUGACCUUGCUAGCUGGAGGGACAGUAGAUUUGUCUGGGAGACGAUUCUCCUUGUCUGGCUGUCCCCAAGCAUUACCAUUCUGUAAAUACUUGAUAGCCAAAAUGAUUGUGAAAAAAGGAGAAGAGCAGGUAUCUGCUUUGCACAGUUCAGCUUUUGCUAUAGCAGCCGUUACUGUAGGGUUGUUAGCUGAACAUCCUGACAUUCUCUUCAUGCUUCUUGGACAUUUUCACCAGCUGUGUCCAUAUACAGUACCGUACCAUAUCAGUAAAACUGAUGGACAAUCUAGGGAGGAUUUUUAUAAGGCUUUAGGAUAUAAGUAUGAUUCUGAAGGAAAUGCAGAAAAACAAGAUCAGUUUCUCAAAAGAAUGUCAGGAUUAAUGAGACUUUAUGCCUCAGUCAUGGUAGCUCAUCCUCCAAGAGGUCCUAAUCCCUAUGGCACUGAGCAUGCCUGGGAAUGGUUGUCAAUGGUGAUGAACAUUGAGCCUCUUCCUGAUAUUACAGCAACUAUGACAUUUGACCUUUUAGAGGUCACAGGACAUGCUUUAUACAGAGAUUAUAGAAAACAGUUUGUAAAGUUAUUACAUGUUUUAGCAAAGGAAUUUUUCCCAAAGUUAAAAAGAAUGGCUUCUCCAAGUGGAGGUGGCCCAAUUUCAAGGUUGGAAGACUUUUUGCAGAAUAGUUUAAGAAAAAACGGAAACAUAAGACCACCAGAGGGCUUAUUGAAUCAGCAUUUUUGGAUGACUUGAUGAAUGUUGAUUUUGUUAGAUAUUGAAUUGUAUGACAUAAUCAUGACAUUAUCUUGUUUGUAUCAAAUUUACAUCAUUCAGAAAUUUAGGACAAAUAUUAAGAAUACAAUUAUAAUUCAUUCCUCCUUUUUGAUAAAGAAAAUGAUUUGUUUUUUAAGAUGUUAAUUAGCAUGAAAAUGCAUUUAAAAGCUAUCUAUUUUAUAUAUAUCAUAAUGUAUUUUUCAUCCUUGAAGAUUGAUAUAAAACUGAAGUACAUUAUGAAUAUGACGUAAAUUAUUUGCAUCUAAUUAUGUAGUCUCUCAAACCAAAGAUUAUGAAAUGUGUAUAUUCUGCUGCAUUUAUAAGUAAGGGGAAUAAGAUUAAAAAGCUUAGAGCAAUAGAAAAAACAUGUGUAAAUGGGUGACAUUUUACCUUCAGCCUGCAACCUUGGGAGCUAACACAUUUAAUAGCUGAUGGUUGUCAAUAUAGGACAUCACAGCUAGUAAAACAAAUAUAUCUCAUUAAUGAAAUUGUUCUUGAUAUGUAUGAAUUACUGCCCUUUGAUGUAAAACUGUCAUAAGCAAAUUAGUCAUAUCAGUGAAGUCUAAACUCUAGUCAAUAAGCAGAAUUUUACAUUAUCGCUAUUUUGUGCAUUUUUCCUUUGAUCUUUUUUUUGUGAUAAUUUUACAUAUCAUGCUAUUCAAUCUUGUUAAGAUGAGCAACAAUAAUAUAAAUAUUCUUGUUUUAAAGACAUUUUAAGAUGGUAUUUCUUUGACAAAUGUACUUAUGAAAGUUUAAUUUAAACAAUAGGGUAUUUAUAGUGAUAUUUGCAGAUAUGGCAUUAAAUGGCAUGCAAAUGGAUAAUGAUAUGACUCUAGAAAUCAUCAUUUAUUCUGGGCACGUAAAUGACCUACAUGUUUCACGAUAUCAAAUGGUCAAUAAGAAAACUGGACAUAUAAUUGCUAUAUCAUGUUUGAUGAUGCAUGAAUUAUUUGACACUUGACAUUAAGCAACCAACAAUCAAUCAAUCAUGUUUUGAUGAUAUAUUACAUAGUGUAAUUGAUCAUUGUGUUGUGAAUAUUUUUGUACUACAUUAUAUAUAAAUGUUGACUAUUGUAAUAAACAUAAAAAAGCCUUA